UCGGUGGUGGAGGAGUCAAUGGGACGAGUUAAGAUUCCUCCUCUCCUUAACUGGCUGCUCGUUCCUAUAUAAGGGUCUGUGUGUGCCGUUAUUGAACCAAGAGUCUCAGAGUUGCUCUGUAGCCCGCACACCGCUGCCAGUCAACACUUCGGAUUAGCCGGCGCGAAUCUGACAAAGAAAAAUAACUUCACCGGCAAAGAGGAGCAAGAUUGUUCAAGUAUACCGCAAAUCGCAGGAAGCUUAAGGAUAAUUACCCGACAAGUCCACAGAUUCUGAGCUCGGGAGCGGAGAGCACACACACACAGGCAGCCCACUGUAGUCUGCAGCAGAGAAACGAAAAACGAGGAAGAGGAGAUGAACGCCGCCGUGCCCUGCCUCGCCGCCCUCGCCACCCUCGCCCUGCUGGCCCUCCACGCCCGCGACGGCGCCGCCCUCUUCUUGCCCGACUCCCCCGAGCUGCGGCGGCUGCUGGACCGCUUCCAGGAGGAGGCGGACCGCAACGCCACGGGGAGCGCGCCGCGCGGGCGGGCCCGCCGAGCCAUCCAGUGGUCCGACCGCCAGGAGAUCCUCCAGCUCCACAACAAACUGAGGGGCAGCGUGUACCCCACGGCCUCCGACAUGGAGUACAUGCUGUGGGACGACGGGCUGGAGCGGUCGGCCACCCAGUGGGCGGAGCAGUGCCAGUGGGAGCAUGGACCCCAAGACCUGCUGAUGUCCAUCGGGCAGAACCUGGCUGUGCACUGGGGCAGGUACCGUUCCCCCGGUUACCACGUGCAGGCCUGGUACGAUGAGGUGAAGGACUACACCUACCCCUACCCUCACGAGUGCAACCCCUGGUGUCCCGACCGCUGCUCCGGGCCCAUGUGUACCCACUACACCCAGCUGGUCUGGGCCACCACCAACAGAGUGGGGUGUGCGGUGCACGUGUGCCCCAGGAUGGACGUGUGGGGAGAAGUCUGGCAGAAUGCCGUGUACCUCGUCUGCAACUACUCCCCGAAGGGGAACUGGAUUGGAGAGGCUCCUUACCAACACGGCCGCUCCUGCUCAAAGUGCCCGCCCAGCUACGGCGGGCGUUGCCGGGACAACCUCUGCUACAAGGGAGAGUCACAGCGCCCCGAAACGGAGGACAUGAAUGAAGUAGAGCAGGCUCAGGUGCCGGUCAGGCCCCCAGCAACGACGACUGCCAAACCAGCCCCCAAACCCAAACCGGCGACCCCCAAAAGGCCCUCUGCACCCAAGAAACCGCCCACGACCAAGAGGCCAUCAUCCAGCAAGCCAGCGGCCACCAACUUCCUGGUUCAGAACGUUAAGUGCGAGACCAGGGUGCGAGACAAGUGCAGAGGACCCACGUGCAACAGAUACAACUGCCCCGCGGACUGCAUGAACAAGAAGGGCAAAGUGUUUGGGACGCUCUAUUACGACGUGCAAUCCAGCAUCUGCCGUACCGCAAUGCAUUAUGGGGCGAUCGAUAACAACGGCGGCCUGGUGGACAUCACUCGGAAAGACAGGCUGCCGUUCUUCAUCAAGUCGACGAAGAACGGGAUCGAAUCUUUCAGCAAAUUCAAAACGGGGAACGCGUUCACGGUGGCCAGAGUAGAAGAAGUGUCAGUGGACUGCUAUGCCACAGUGAACGAGAUCUGUCCUUUUGGGAGACUGCAAGUUAACUGCCCCAGAGUGUUAUGCCCGGCCAACUGCAAGAGCCAGCCGUCCUACUGGGCCCCGGUGGUGGGGAGCAACAUCUACGCAGACAGCUCCAGUAUCUGCCGGGCAGCCAUCCACGCCGGGGUGAUCAAAGCUGACGGCGGCUACGUGGACGUCCUGGCCCUGGAGAAGAGGAAGAGCUACGUGGGAACCCUGAAGAACGGGGUCCAGUCAGAGAGCAAGAGCAACCUGGACGGAGGCUCGUUCCGUGUUUUCACCGUGAGACAGUGAGACGUCACACACACGCACACACACACACACGCACACACACACACGAGCACGGGGCCCUCCAGUCCAGUGGCUCCGGGUGCACACAGGGUCUCCCCAUCCACUCUGCAUGGACAGGAAGUGCACAGUGUCAUCGCCAUGGCAAUUACUCAGAUCUCCCCCCUGCCACAGCACACCCACCUGCAGAAAAGGGGUGGAGCUUCACUAUACCUCUUGGGCAUUUCGAUCAGAUCAGUCAGUAAUGUCAAUUUUACAACACAAGAGGAAAUUAGAAAGGGCCUUUUUUAAAUCUCUUAUUUGUAUAGAUCUGUUAGGUGUUGAUAUUUUUAAUGCCAAUACAAGAACAUAUGCAAAAUGCUGUACAGUAUCAAUAAUGAUUUUAAUAGCGGUGCUGGUAUACCCAUCUUGAAGUGUAGGUUGUAGGUUAAAAAAUGAAAAUAUCUUUUCAUUUAUAUAUUUAUGUAUAAUUUUUUUAAUUUACAGAAGUAAAUGAUUGAUCUCGUACACAGGAAUGUAUAUUGAUCACACUUUAAUCAUUUUGUACAUAUUUAAUGUGAUAUACUUGAUAUUUACAGUAUAUGUUCAAAUCAUUAUUUGUUCUGUGGUUUUUUUUUUUUUGUUUUUUUUUUGGAUGCAUGUCUCAACAUUUGUUUGUUUUUUGAGAUAUUUCGUUUCCAUGGUGAAAACACCCACACCUAGGUGCCUUUCCCAACGUAUUUAAAGUGAGGGCAGGUGGCUGUGG